CCUCUCUCUCUGUCUCUCUCUCUCUCUAGCGUCCGUCUCCUCUGUGGUGCCUGUUCUGGAGCUCUCGGCUGCUAUUGCUGUGGCCGCGACCUUCUUCUUUGUCCUAUCUCUCUCCUCCUCCUCCUCCUCCUCUUUCUUGUUCUUGCCUCUCUCCCGCGGCCUUAACCACCGCCGGAGCCGUCGUGUCUGGAGGAGAAAUGAUCUCGCUGACAGCAGAGAAUGUAAGAUGGGUGAACGAUUAGAUCGAGUCCAAAAACAUCAUAUGCACGACAAUUUCCUCCGUAAGGGCAUUAACCCUCGCUCUCGCGCUCAACAGCUCCAAGAUCCUAUUCACCUGAACAAUUGAAUAAGAUAUUUGAGCUGUGUAGAUCUCCAGAUGAGAUUAUUUGGCCUGGGGUUUCCAAGAUUCCCUAGUAUAACAAGUUCAAGCCAACAAGGCCGAUGAAGAGGCGAGUGAGGGAGGUUUUUAGACAUUUUGACCGUCAUGCACUGGAUUUACUAGAGAAAAUGCUAACCCUUGAUCAACCUCAGAGAAUAUCUGCAAAGGAUGCCCUUGGUGCUGAAUAUUUUUGGACUGACCCCUUACCUUGCGAUCCUAGAAGACAAAGAAAAAAAAGGCAACAGCAACGACAAAACGAAAAGAUGGCAAAGAGACAUAAAUUGCAGCACCUACAACAACAUGCUCGUCUGAUUGCUCUUUUGCUUAAUGAUAGAGAAGGGAAUGCUGGAUUUGUAGUUUUUGAGUUUGUGGAUUAUUCUUUGCAUCCUUGUCCAGUUGUGUGGCUCAGGAACACAAGUUUUCUGAUGAGAGCAACAUCUUGUGAAUGAAAGUGGUUCAGAUUUGGACACUAAGGGUGUUGCAACCAUUGUUUUCUUAGGUAGCUAUCAUUUUAAUCUUUUGAUAAAUGGCUUUACAAUGUAGGCCAAUCUGCAGAAGUUCACCUAGAUUUGGGAUAAGGUUAGUUGAGAUCUAGGGUGGAAUCUCACCCAAAACUUGAUUAUAAAUGUCCUGAGUUUGUCUCAUUGUGUUGAUUUAUGGCUUGACAGAAAAAAAAAUUGUGGAUAAUUUGUUCGGUAUACAAAUUAUAUUUAUUUAGAUAUUGUUUGGAAUAAAUCCCACCCAAGCUAUGGAACUGUCAUCCCACCCAAGCUUGUAAUUUUCUAAUUCUUUAUUUAAAUACAACUGUCA